AAAUAGAAAGACGUGUGUGUAAAAAGCAACAGCAGCCAGAAACAAAUAAAUACAACAGCAGCAGUCCAAAUAGUUGCAAUCAACACAAUGCCCGUGUGCUGCAAAACGCCUGCUGUAGCAUUUCCAAUGGGCAGCAGAACUGAAAAUGUACAUUUUACAUAAACUGUGAUUAUGAGUUCCACAAAAUCUCAAGUAGCCCUCGCUACAAAUAUUCCAACCAACUUAGCCUCCGCCUCAGCCACCUCCACUGCGGCCACCGCCGUUGUUGUUGUCGCCGCCGUUGCCAGCAACAAUUCUGCGACGUCACCAGCACCUGCAACAGCAGCAGCAGUAGCAGCAGCAGCAACUACGAGUGCAACAGCAGCCGUGACGUCAUCAACAGCAGCAGCAACAACAGCAGCCACCAGCAACAACAACAGCAACAACUGCAGCGAGGAGCAAUCGAACGCUUCCAAUUUGGGGCGUCAAAACAGUUUUGGCAAUAGACGCGGCAACAUGAAGGGCAAACAUCUUACACGCAGCCAUGCCAUGCGCGAGUCUACAUCGCCGCCACGCACGCCAACGCCGCGAGGCGCCGCCGAGCAGCAACAACACCCCAGCGAUGCCCAUGAGCACAACAACAACAACAAUGCCAUAUUAAGCAACAACAACAAUAGCAAUAUAAACACCAAUAGCAAAGCACAAUCAACUGGACGUGGCAACUCGCCGCUGAUGGAAACGCCCGCUGUGAUUGUUACUAGUCAGCAGCAGCAGCAGCAACAGCAACAGCAACAGCAGCAGCAACAUUUGCAACAGCAGCAGCCGCUGAAUGUGCCGUUGCGUGAUGAGUCCGAGUUUCCUAAGCUGUCGCCGCCCAAGAAAUCUGGAGCUGGUCAUCAUAAUCGCACCAAUAGCAAUGGCAGCUCUGGCAUUGAAUACAACAACAACAGUAGCAGCAGCAACAACAACAACAACAGCAGCAACAAUGGCAAAAAGUAUGUGGUUGACUUGAAAUCCAACGGACUGGAAAAGCAUCAUAACAACAGCAGCAGCAACAACAAUAACAACCAGAACUCCUCCGCACUGCUGUACAACUCAGGCAUGAACUAUAAGGCGGCCGAGCGACAUGAGCGUCACGAACGCCACGAAAUGUCCAGCCAGAAUAGCAAUCUCAGCAACAGCAACCACGAGGAGGAGCAAUAUCAUUAUGAGCGUGGCACGGGCGGCGGUGGCAAGAAGCAUCGCGCCAACAACACCAAUGCCAAGGGCUCCAAGCCGCGCUUGAAGAACCUAACGGGCAGCUCGUCUAACAGCAUUGACGGCGGUGCUGGUGCUGGCGGCGGUGGCAACGGCAACUGUGGCGGUAAUGGUCAAACCUUGGGCUGCAACUCCAACAAUUCGAGCAACAACACAUCAGGCUUUAUAUCGCGCGUCUUUCAUCAAUCAGAAAACUCGAGCGAACAAUACACGGAUUUUGGUGGCACCGAUCUGUUGACCUUCUUCCGGGACACGCUCAACAAGAAUCCAAAGGAUAGAAACUAUCUGUUGAAGAUUGAAAAGGAUCUAAUAGACUUUGUGCAGGAAAAGGGUCGUGGCUGUGAGUAUCGCUUUCCGUCGUCUUCUUCGUAUAAUCGCAUGCUAAUCCAUCGCACGGCUGCCUUCUUUGGCAUGGAUCACAAUGUGGACUCCGAGACGCAACAGUGCGUCAUAGUGGCCGUUACCAAAGGCACUCGCAUACCAGAGAUUCGCUUCAAAUCUCUGGUGCGUGCUGAUCACCGUGAAGAUGCGCGCAAGUCAAUUCUAAAGCGCGAUACGCACAGUUUUGAUGAGGUGCGUCAGUCGCCCUAUCUCUGUCCGGAACGUCUUAUGCUCGAUCGCAAGGCCAAGAGCUUUGAGGAGCGCGAGGAGAACUAUGAUCGUGCACGCAGUCGCAUCUUCAAUCGUACGUCCCAGCAGGAUGGCUACGAUGAGGAUUGCUAUGGCGGUGCUCCUGGCGGUGGCAACGGUGGUUGGCACAAUGCAGUCGAGCAGCAGCAACAGCAGCAGCAGCAACAACAACAACAGCAGCAGCAGCAGCAGCAACCGCCUCGACCCAAGCGCCCCAAUGGCAAAAUGCUGCAAAUGCAGAAUUCGACGGAGUCGCGUGAUGGUGGCGGCAUGCGUUCUGGUGGUGCGGUGCCCAAAUCGCACAACUUUGGCAACUAUGGCGGACCGCCGAGUGCUGGUGGACCCGGUGGCGGCUCGCUGCCACGCGGUGACUCAACCAAUUCGAACAAGAGCGGACGCGGCAGCGGCUUUGCCAAACAGGACUCUACUGGCAGCACCAGCACACCCUGGCGCCUGUCGCCCUCGAGCAGCGGCUACAAGACACGCACCCAGUCCGUGCGCUCCGAUUCCGUAACGCCCUCGCCCACCGGCUACGGCAGCGAUAGACAGACGCCGGAGUACAGCCAGCCGACGGCGCAGGUCAAUUCUAAUCGGGGCAUGGCCUCGUUUCUGCAGCAUGCAGCAACGCCACCACCACCGCUACCACAACAGCCAUCAACAACAACACCAAUUGCAACGGCAGCAACAACAACAAGAGCAACGUCCUGCACACCAGAGUCGUCGGCAACAGCAUCGGGACUCGUCUGGGCCGUCACAGACAUUUCGAGUGUGCCAAUUGGCAGCGUCCUCAUUGAUCCGCAAACCCUCCAACCAAUUCUCAAUGCAGACGGCUCCAUUUACCACUACGACCCGUCCAACUUGCCGCCUAAUCAGGCGCUGCAGCAUGGAGGCAACAAUGGCGGCAACUAUCAGUCGAGCGGCAACUCGGGCGGCAACUAUGCAUCUUAUCGCAAGUCCUCGCCACAUCAGCCGCCGCCGCAGCAGCAGCAACAGCAGCAGCAGCAGCAGCAGCAGCAGCAACAGCAGCAACAAUCACUGCCGCUACAGCAACCGAUGUACAACGCUGAGCUGUCGUGCAGUUCCACGGAGAGCUAUGCCGAGGAGGUGCAAUCGCCUGGCAUGGACUGCUCCGAUAGCUAUGAGAGCUAUCAAAACGAGCCGCAGCAGCUGCAAUCACUGUGCGAGUCGGGCAGCGGCAAGGGCGACGAAUGUGAUAGUCUGUCCAGUGCCACGGCCUGCCUGAGCAUUACGACCUCGACGUCCACGAAGAACUAUGAUCGCAUUGAGGUGCAAAAGUAUAAGAAUCAGGCAACCAGUCCCAACAUACCUGCCUGCUGUGCCGGCGACAAGGAGCUCGAACAGCAGCAUCAGCAGCAGCAGCAACAGCAGCAGCAGCAGCAACAACAGCCACAACCAUUGCAGUUGCAGGAUCAGGAAACGGAAACAGCUAGUGUGUCAUCACCGCAGGAGCUGCCAGCUAGCCAAACGCCGCUGCCAGUGGUCGCAGUUCCAUUGAAUUGUGACGCCCAAUCGCUGUCGCCCAGCACCACGCCCUACAGCCAGUGCGAGAUGAAACCAGCCAGCCAGAGCCAAGCUCAGGUAGUUGCCGAGGAGCCCAAGACGACAAGCUGGACUUAUACGCAAAGCUAUCAGGCAGCAGAUGGUUCCACCGUCUUUCAUACCACUACCACGCCCAAUGGCGCGGCGCCCUAUUGCGCCACCACAUAUCAGCAAGGGCCCGAUGGCAACAUCUAUGCUGUGCCCCAGGGCAUGGUGUAUGCAGCGUAUCCACAGCCAACGGUUAGUGGUGCUGCCUCGCAGCCGCUCUUCCAGCUGACGAGCAGCGGUCAGCCAACGCAGGCGAUAUUCGCUCCACAGGAGGCUGGCGAGCUGCCCGGCGGCACCUACAUGAUACCUGUCUUCGAUCCGGCACAGCAGCAGCGCGACGGCAUUAUACCCGCCCAGGCCAUAUACCAGACGCCGGCUGGUCCUGCUACAGCUGUGAUGCCAAUGGCCACCGCCACCUAUCCGGCAGCACAGUUUGCUGCCGCCGCUCCUAAUGGUGCGCCCAUCUAUCAGGGGCCGUUGAUCUACUCCAGCGAUCCGUCUGGUGCACCGCUGCAGCAGCUGCCCAUGGCCACGUAUCCCAUUGGCUAUCCGUAUCAUUAUUAUCAUACCAUACCCUACUAUGCCCUACCCCAGCAGGCAGUCACGGCCACGCCCAUGGUGGCAACUGCAGCAGCUGGCCAGCCGCCGGCCACUGGUCAAACAUCGGUGCAGGCUCAGGCUCAGGCACAGGCCGCAGCUCAACUGAAUCUCGCAACUGCCACAGCGGCUGGUCCGCCCACGGUAGCUGGCGGCCAACAGUCCACCAACGGUCACCUCAUCACCAGUGGCGGUGGCAACAACAGCGGUGGCUAUAUGGGGGGUGGUGGACGUGUUAAGCGUACGCCUGGCGGCGGCUCCAUACACUACAAUGUCAGCUAUCCGUCAGCAGCGACGGCAGCUGGCCAUGCCAAUGCUGCACACCAUCCAGGCGCCGGCUCCACACAGCUAAUCGCCACGACGCCCGGCGCCAGCACAACGACAUAUCAUGCGCUGCCCACGCUAGCGCUGGCACAUGGCGGCGCGGGGGCCAACACAGAUCUCAAUGCUGCUGCGGCUGCUGCGGCCGCUGCCGGUGCUCAUGUGUAUACGGUGCCUGCUCAGCAUGCCACGGCGCUGAUACCAACCAACAUAUUCCCCUAUGCAGCCGGUCAGGCAGGCACACAGCAGGCGGGACCGCAUAAUGCGGUGCUCCAGCAGCAGCAGCAACAGCAGCAGCAGCCACCACCGCCACCGUCAGCGGCUCAGCACACGGCACCACAUCAUGCUCUCAUCACAGCCACACCAUUCUACUCGGCAGCCAGCGGUGCCAUGGAUGUGGCCGCCUCUCAAUCGGCGCCGAGCACGCCAGCAGCGCCUGGUCGUCAGGCACCACUGUUCAGCACACCACCCGCGCCAAAUGUUGGGGGCAGCGCCAACAGCAAUGGUGGUGGCAUCUCGGGAGCUGGCGGAUCGGGCUAUCAUAGCAACAGCACCGCGUCCCACUACUAUCACAGCCAGAGCAGCAACGACGGCGGCUAUGGCACACCCUACGAGAAGCGCAACAACAAUGCAAGUGGCUUGGGCUCGAAUACGCCCAGCAUCGGUCGCAAGCCCUACCAUCCGGGUGGCUACAAUCCGCGUCACUCGUUGCCGCUGGGCGGCAUGCCAACGGGCGCCAAGACGCCGCUGCUCAACUCCAAUAACGAACCGACGCCGCGUGCUUCUCCGAGCAGCAUUACCCUGGGUGGACCGUCGACAUCGUCGAGCUAUCAUCAUGCCGCGCAUCGUGGACCGCCACAUGGACUGGGAAAACGCGAGAAUAAGCCCACGCAGCUGCCCCUGAUCAGCGGACCACCGCCCAGCUAUGCCCCAUCGACAAGCAGUCCAGCUGGAGGAGGAGGCGGCAUUAGCUACGAGACGAAGCCGCCAGUGCGUCUGAAUGCGGCUGCGGCCAGUUUCCGUAGUCAAAAGUCUAUCAAUGCGGACUUCAGACGCAGCGUCUCGCAGCGCAAUUCGCCGAGCGCCAAUGGCAACAACGGUGGCGGCAGCCACGAGAGCAGCAACAACUCGCCCAACAGUAUUGCAGGCGGCGGUGGUGGCAGCAGCAGCAACAACACCAGCAGCGCCGCCAAUACGCCCAAUGCCACAAAUGCACCACCCACCAGCCUGGGCACCCAGUACAUUGUGGUGGAUCAUUCGACGGGCGCCGCUAUGAACGCCUCGCCGCCAUCUCUCUAUCUCAGCGGCGGCGGCAAUGCUGGCGGCGGCAGCGGUGCCGGACCGCGUGCCUCGCACAUUCCAGCCCAGCUGCACCAUCCGGCAGCAGCGGCGGCGGCAGCAGCAGCAGCCAACAGCCAACAGGCUACAGCGGUGCUCAGCGGCGUGGCUGCCCUCGGUGGCUACAAUCCGAAUGGCGCGUCUAGUGUCUACAUCAAGUAUGGCCAGACGUACUUUGCGCACCCCUCGGUGGCCUUGCCCAACAGUCGACGUUCGCCCUCUAGCGAUAUCCGACCGCAAAUGGCCCAGGUAACUGGCAUGUAUCCCGCCACAAUGAUGAUACAAGCACCUCCACGUCAUCCAAGUCGUCAUCCCAAUCCGAACUACAAAGGUUCGCGUCCGCGGUAAAUCUGCCAGCUGCUAAAUCUGAACAACUGGCGGAUAAAGAGAGAUAACAACAUGAACGAAGAGAGGAAAUAGAAGAACUACAUAAACAUAACGGCAUACCUAAGAUAAAUAUAAAUAGCAACCUAAUCUAGUGGAACAUAAUGUAGUUGACAAAAAAAAAAAGAAAAA